CCUGCAGCCUGUGUUGGUGGGUCCUUUGCCCUCCUAGCUGCUUUUGGGUGUUUCCUGGCUGAAGCCUGAAGCAGAGCUGCAGCCCAAUGGUGGUGCCAGCGCUGGUGGGUAGAAGGAUGCACCCUCACAUCUUGGGUGACACUGGGGAAGGGGGAAGCUGCAAGUGGGGCUGGUGCACUGGCUCUGAUGACCUCUGCUAGUUGAUAGUGCCUCCGUUGUCUUGGGAAGACCAUGUUGUUCGUUGGGUCCUGGAGCCACCCAGCAGUGAGGCUCUAACUGGGGAUGCCACCCAGGCAUUAAGCUUUCAUUGUUUGAAAGCAGUCCUCGUCAGGGGAGCUACACUAGGAGCCUGUGACUGGCUCACUUAAAAGUAGUGUUUGUUUGGGUAGGAGCUGUUCAAAUAUGAACCAGGAUGCAAGGACAUGCAGAAAUGAAAGCACAGGAUGCUGGUGCAGGGUAGGGACAGCAGCUGGUUGGAGGGCUAGUCACUAAAGCAGCACUGCAGGGAUUGUCUCUGUGCUGUGCAUGGGGUCUGUGUGGCAAGGUUUGUUUGUGCCUUCAUGAAAGGGGUGUGCUCCGGUUACUUGGGAGCUGGCCAGCAGCCCCUGUUACUGCUUUCCCCUCUGUGCCAUGCAGAUGAAGGCAGCUGCAUUUCAGUUCCUGCUCUUCUCAGCAGUCCCUGUCGCUUUCUCCUCCAUGCCAUGCAAAUGAAGGCAGCUUUGCAUAGCGCCUGCAUUCUGCACGGCACGCUGCACAUGGCUGGUGGUAAGAAAGCAGUUGGGUGUCCUCCUCAACACCCUGUUUCAUAGCCUGUGCCCAGUCAGGUCUAAGCAUUGAUGCUGUGUGCAGAGAUACCAGAGCAUCCUUCUCGCUGUAUGGAGGACCUUGCACAACAGUGCAGGAGGGAGUUGCUGCCAAGCACACCCCACACAGGAGUUGCAGCUAAACUUCCCACCAGGCCUAUGGAGCCACGGGGGAUUGUCAAAGCCUUUCCCAAGAGGAAGAAAGUAAGAGAUGACGUAGGGAAAAGCAUCCCUUCAAAGAUCCCAAAAGAGGAAGGAACAGAAAUACCUAAUGAGUGGCUGAAUCCAGUUGCUGUUUACGUGCUGCAAGCCGGCAUUGGCCAAGCCAGGGCAGAGAUCUUCCACAAGCAGAUUGUCCAGAAUGGGGGUGCUGUACACAACCAGCUCUCCUCAGAGGUGACACAUGUCAUUGUGGCUGAAGACAUGGACUGUGAUCGGGCUUUUCGGCUCCUUAAAUUAACCAAGCUACCUUCAGGGUUGCAGCUAGUGAAGGCAUCCUGGCUGAGUGCUUGCAUUAGAGACCAGAAGUUGCUGAGUACAGCUGCCUACCGUGUCCUUAUCCCUCGCAGGUACCUGGAGGAGGGAGAACUGCAAAAAAAGGAGCAGCAGCAGGUACUGGGCAGUGAAGAGAUUCAGCCCCUAGCAGAGGAGGGAGCAGUGAAACCAAAUACUAAAGCACAGUUGGAGGAUUCCUUGCAGCAAGGCCUGGGCACCCUUGGACAGCAGCAGCUGGCUGAGAAAGACUCUGAUGAUGAAGGCAGUGAAGGAGAAGAUGCUGGUGUCACCCAGGGAGAUCUGGAAGCAUUGAUUUCUGGCCAUUACCCUGUGAAAUCAUCAGAGGAGACCAGUGACAGCUCUUCCACAGUGGUCCAGCCUGCCAGCAAGUGGGUUUGUGCCCAGUCCUCCAACAGCAAGAAGGAGAAUCACAACCAGUGCAUCACAGAGAAGCUGGAAGUGCUGGCAAAGGCCUACACUGUCCAGGGAGACAAGUGGAGAUCUCUGGGCUACUCCAAAGCCAUCAAUGCACUCAAGAGCUACCACAAACCAGUCACCUCCUACCAGGAAGCCUGUAAAAUCCCUGGGAUUGGGAAACGGAUGGCAGAGAAGAUCCUGGAGAUCUUGGAGAGUGGGCACCUGCGCAAGCUGGAUCACAUCAGUGAGAGUGUGCCAGUGCUGGAGUUGUUUUCCAACAUCUGGGGAGCAGGGGCUAAAACAGCUCAGAUGUGGUACCAGCAGGGUUUCCGGACGCUGGAUGAUAUCCGCACCAAGGCGACCCUCACCCACCAGCAGGCUGUGGGGCUGAAGCACUACACAGAUUUCCAGGAGCGUAUGCCUCGGGAGGAGGCUGCAGAAAUAGAACACACUGUCAGACAAGCUGCCCUGGCCCUGAAACCUGGGCUUGUGUGUGUGGCAUGUGGCUCCUACCGUCGGGGGAAGCCCACCUGUGGAGACGUGGAUGUGCUGGUCAGUCACCCAGAUGGGCAGUCUCACCGUGGGGUGUUCAGCAAGCUGCUCGACAGCCUCCGCAGGAGUGGCUUCCUUACGGAUGACCUGGUGAGUCAGGAGGACAACGGUGAGCAGAAGAAGUACCUGGGAGUGUGUCGCCUGCCCGGGCCAGCCCGGUGUCACCGCCGGCUCGACAUCAUCGUGGUGCCCUACAGGGAGUUUGCCUGUGCCCUGCUCUACUUCACUGGCUCGGCUCACUUCAACCGCUCCAUGCGGGCCCUGGCCAAGACCAAGGGCAUGAGCCUGUCCGAGCACGCCCUCAGCUCGGCUGUGGUGCGGGGCCCUGGAGGUGUCAGGGUGGCGGCUGGUCAUACUUUGCCCACUCCCACUGAGAAAGAUGUCUUCAUUCAGCUGGGGCUACCUUACCGGGAGCCCUCCGAACGGGACUGGUGACACCCAGUUGUUACCCAGCACCCUGGGCCCAUUGCUGUGCUGCUGUUUGGAAGGGUGCUGCUCUCCCCAGUGCUGCUCUGUGGUGACUGCAAACUGGAGGACGUACCCCAGCAAAGUGAGGUUCAUUGCAAACGUGUGGCCCUGCUUCUGGCUGAGCUGUGUGGCUUCACCCAGAGGAGGCCGUGGGCUGGAGCCGUGCUGGAUCACUACCCGAUGUCACAGGAGCCCCUCACUACCUACCAAAAGGGCUUGCUGCCCAUCAGCUAUUCUGGCCCUGCUCUCCUUGGGAAAGCUUCAGAAGGCUGGGCUGCAGAGCCUUGUGAUGUAGCCACUCCCAGUGCUUGUGAAUGGGAGAAGUGGGAUGUAUCUUCCUCUGUGUCUGAGCACAGACACCCCAAAUGCUCCGUCCUGACCUAUGCAUGAAGGCAGCGGGGGUCUGGCUUGGCCCUGUGACAGGCCUUUCCUCUUCUCUCUUCGGCAGGACUCACAAAAGGUUCCCCUGUGCUGCUGCUGUGUCCUUCCUCCGUCUGAGCUGGCUUGUGUCCUCUGGUGGAUCUCACUGCACAGGGCCAGGCUGCUAUGAGUGCCACCAGCUUUCCCUGGUGCCCAGUAAGCUUUGAAGGAGGUGUAGGGACCCAGUGUGUUGUUCCUGCUGGCUCUCAGCUUGUCAUGUGCCAAGAAUCCUCUGGUGCAGGGAGCUGUGAUCCCCCUGGUUUGGCCCUAAGGGCUCCUUUCUUUUCAGUGCAGGAGAAGAGCAGACCUCACAGCUCAGGAAGGGUUUGAAUGUAAUGGCACAGAAUGUAACCCAGCUGGUCUGCGUGUGCAUGGGAGGCAAGGAGGCAGGGAGAAAUUCAAGGAGAUAGUUUAGUUCUAGUUUGGGUGAAGUAUAGUUUUCCCAUUGUGUUUGUGUGGAAUCCAUGGAGCCAUCUGGUCUUCGAUCAGAGAAAGUGUGUGUGUUUGUACAUGCAUGUGCAUGUGGCUGGCCCCAUCAGUUCCAUGGGAGUAGGUUUUAUUUCUCAAGAAACCUCAACUAUUUUAUGUUCUGGAGAUGAAUUUCCCAGAGCCUUUCAGUGCUCUGUUUCCAUUAUGGGUAUUGCAGUGAUUCCUUCUGGCAGAGGUGCUGCUCUGUGGCAUGAGCUGCCAGAACACCAUGGUGGGCAUUUUUGUGCCAGGACCCCAGCGCUCGCUCUGGCUGUUCUCUGGGCCUGGCCUGGCCUCGCCUCCUGCUUCCUUCUCUUGCAGUGACAAGCUGUGUGUUUGCUGCUGGGGCAGGCACAAGGGCAUUGAACCCAUUGGGUUUCCACAGUUUCUUGCUGCACUUUCAGCUGUGGGUGCUGGGCACCAGCAGUGGCACUGGAGAGGCCUUGACCCCAGCAGUGUCAUUUGUCAACCCAGCCUUUACUGAACACACGGUGGAAAUGAAUGUCUUCUGGCAUGUCUUGGUGCUUGGAAAUUUGAAGUAUAAUAAAUCCCUUCUCUCUUUUUC